AUGGAAUCCUGCGAAGACAAUGAGAGCAAGGCUUCUGCCCCUACCUCGACCGACAGCGAAGACGUACCCGACUUCGAAUUCGACAUCAAUUGUGAGGAGGCAUGGACUUUCCUCGUCGAGACUUCCGACACCAGCCCUGGGCCCAGCCAAGUCUUCCUCAUCGCCGAAGACAAGAAGUUCUCCGUCCGUGAGAAUAUCCUUAUCAAGCACUCCAAGUACUUCGAGAGGUCUCUCCGAAACCCGCGAUUCGUCGAGUCGCAGACCAAGACCUUCACCUUCGACGACAUCAAAGCUGUCCACCUUGGUGUUUACUUGCACCUGGUCUAUUGUCAGAUUUUCGGGCAAGCUGGCGAUGUCCCGUACUUCGGAGAGCCGGAGCGUUGCAUAUGGUUUCCCGGACACUUCGAGAUCUACCAGCUUUGUGAUCGCUUCCUGAACAAGGACCUCGCCGUCGCUGUCUGGGAGGGCCUUAAAUGCUAUCUCAUCUUGGAACCGUCUAUCUGGAACGAUUCGUACGUGAGCGAGGAAUAUGAGACUUUCUCGUCGUUCUACAUCAAAAGUCUCUCGCAGUGCUUCAAGCUGCUCGACCCAACGAACGACACGGACAAACGCCUGGGACGCGCGAUUAUCUACUCCCUCUGUCACUGCGUCCCUAUCGCUGCUUCUCAAGAAUGCCUCAGACUCAUCCAGGGCAAUCAUCGACUGCUCUUUGAGGUGGCUUCCUGUUAUGCCGGCAUGCUUCAGGAGGCAAAAAAGGAUCCGAAACCGCUAAAGAAGCCAAAGCACUGGGUAGCUCGUGGCAUGUGGAGGCAAACCCUUCCGCUCAGGCAGUGA